AUGUCGUGGAUGGACUCAUGGAGUCGUCCAAGCAAGAGUCAAGCAACGCCAGCACCUCUGUAUCUCUCUCACGGCGAUAGCGCCAGACGAGCCAACACAUCAAAAGCAGCAGCAACAUCCGUGAAAUACUGCUCAGACAAAUGCAAGAAACAUAAGCCCACAUACGCACCCGGGAGUCUGGAGGUCCGGAUCGCAGAUGCUUUGACAGCACUACUACUCGGCCUCCCCCCUCCACCUCCUCAAUCGGACAAGGACGACGAUGGAACACUCGCCCCUCCUGCCGUGGUCGUGAAGCCAAAGCAGAAACCCAAGAAAGGCGACCCUCGCCUCAUAAUCCAACUGAGCGAAGUAGAAACAGCCGUCUUCGGCGACCGUUCAGACCCAGAGAAAAGCUACGGCCGCCGUAAGAACCGCCGCGCUCGUUUCGUACCCGAGAAAGGCGAAUGGAAGUCGGUGGACAUGGAGUCCUCCCCCGAACCAGACGACCGUAGUCAAGCACGAGACAAUGAUACAGACCCAGAGACAGACGGAGACACAGCAGACUCAGCAACCGACAACGACCUCGAAGAAGUACUAGGAGGGGGCGUAAGUCUCAGCGAUAACCCUCACGUCCGCGUGCCACAGAGCCAAAGCGACGUCAAUUUCUCCGUCGGAGGGGAGCGAGGCUGGGCGGAGAAGAUCUCCGAGACGCCUGAGAUGCUUGCACGACGACGGGAGGGGCAGAAGAGGGCGGAGGAGAAGGAGAGCGUGAAGUGUGCUGCUAGACGGGCCGUAGCGUUUGGACUGCUGGUUGAUGCUGAAUUCGCUGGCGAUGGGGCAGGGCAGCAGGGCAAGAGUGGUGGUGGGAAGAAAGGUGGAGGAAAGAAGAACAAGGGCGUUGCUGAGGAGGAUAUUUCAGAGACGCCGGCCAAGGUCAGGCGCAAGUGUGAGGCUCUUAUGAAUGAUCAGGUUGUUGAACCGAGUUUUGCUAAAGGCGAUUGGUUGAUAAGGUGGCGUGAGGACUAA